UAUUCACAGCGUAUCAUUUAUGAUACCUGUAGUAAAGUUUGAGAAUUUUUUUCAAGGGAUAGCAGUAUGUUGACUGAAAUUUGUAUUGGUUUUUGUUAUUCUUAGUCUUCUUUUAGUUUAUUGAAAUUACCAACACUCUUAGUAAUAUGGUUUAAGAUCACUAACAGAUUACUGGACUCAGGAGGAAUGUAGGACAAAGUUCUAAGGUUAAUUUCUGACGGAUGCAAGUUUUAACCAGACAAUUUUCGGGAACACAUAGUUCAGUUCACCCUUGGAUCAGUUGUAAGGCUUUAUAUUCAACUGUGGCAGAUUUUUUUGAACUUUAUUUCACUAAAUAGAUGUUGAUAUCUUCUAUGUUUUGUUUUUUUGAUCUGUAUUCCUUUCUCUUCAUGGUGUCAACAGAAACACAAGAAUACUGAGAGCACAUACGAGUGUGACAACAAUACGGUAGCUCGUGGAAAUGAAGAUACUACCAUGCUUCAGUUUACACAGGAAACUAGCAAGUUUGCAUCGUGCAGUGGGGGAAGCUCGGUGGAGGAGCAGCUACAGACCAGCCCCUCUGUUGACAGCUGCUCCUGUUCGCGGCCUUGUAGAUGAACAGACCAGCAUUAAAGGGUGUUUCUUGCCCCCGGGCUGUCCAAUUACAGUGUGUUCACGAAUGCAUAGUGAGGAUGGUGACUUGUGGGAGGCAUUUGCCCAUUACAAUACAAAUGCAGAUGGCACUGUCAACUUGACCAGGGAUCAUUCAGUUGGGGGUUCGUAUUUGGGCUGUGAGCCGAUGGGACUCUUCUGGGGACUGCAGCCGGCUCCUGGGGCAAGAGAAGGUUUGAGAUUGAGGAAAAAAAAUGUAGAGACUCCAUAUGUAGUGCACAUAUCCUUACUGGAGGGGCAUGUGUCACCCAGUGAGGGACAGAGCACUGAGCUGGCUGCUGUAUAUACUGAGCGCUGGUACAUGGCACCAGGCGUAAGGAGAAUAGACAUUCGUGAAAAUGGACUUGUAGGGACAUUAUUCUUACCCCCUGGUCCAGGCCCAUUUCCAGCCAUGUUGGACCUGUGGGGAAUGGGUGGAGGACUGGUGGAGUACCGCUCUGCCCUGUUUGCAUCCAGAGGAUAUGCCAGCUUUUCCCUUGCCUACUUUGGGCACAAAGAAUUACCUGGCCCACAAAACUGCAUCAAUGUUGGUGAUUCAUAUUUUAAGUCAGCCUUCCAACUACUUCGAGAUCACCGUCAGGUCUGUGCCGACAGAGUUGGGAUCAUCGGUCUGUCGUUUGGAGUCUACCUGGCUCUUCGACUUGCCGCUCAGACUGAUGUAAAACCAUCCUGUUUGAUUUGUAUCAAUGGGCCAGUAGGAAGUAACAUCAAGAUCUUAGAUACAUCGGGCAGGACUGAAAACUUUGAAAGUGACCAGAAAUAUUGGAGGUAUGAUGACAAAGGCCAUGUCACUUUCAGAGACCUCUCCUUGCCAGCUAACAUUUCCCCUGAGAACAAAGUGAAGAUAGAGAAUCUCGCCUGCCCGUUACUGUACAUAGCGGGAGAAGAUGACCUGAGUGCUUCAAGCAUGGAGAACGCAACCCUGAUCGAGGAGACCCUGAGGGCUGUAGAUAAAUCGCAGCUGUUCACUUGUUUGUCCUACCCGGGCGCAGGUCACCUGAUUGAGCCGCCUUACACACCAAAUUCAAGAAUGUCCCUAUGGAGUGUUAAACCACAAAAACUCAUCACUCUGUGGGGAGGUCAUCUCGUGCCCCACGCUGCUGCCCAGGAGGAUGCCUGGAAGAAGAUCCUGGAAUUUUUGGGAAACAGUCUGAGACGGUGAAUCUGUGGUGAAGUGGACUUCUGAGAUAGAACUUAUUAUGAGCAGCUUAUAUUAAGAGUCUUACUUGUCUUGCCAAAAGGUGCCGUUGGCCCGAGUGGAACUGUUGUUCAGAGAUGCCUCACGUCAGUCACACUGUUACCCUGUUGCAGCAAAUGUAUGGUUCCCCGUGUGUCGUCAUCAUUUUUACAUUUGACUUAAUACAACAAACCUUUCAUAACAACGAACGAAAGAUGUAACAAUGAUCUGCCAUCCAAGUUGGUCAAAAUCAAAUCACACUGUUGAUGUGCACUAAUCAUUCAGCCCCACGUAAAAAAUUCAAACACUCUGUUCCUGUGUUCCUCAUUUUUUUAAUGAGUAAUCGGCAUACGUGCUAACUACUUAUUAUGUUGAUUUGGGAUGAAGAGUUCAUGGCAUGCUGAGGUGACCAUGGCGAUGAGGGCGAUGAACUCUUUGAAGUCGAUCUCCAGGUCUCUGUUCUGAUCGAGGUCCGCAAAAAGCUCAUCCAGAGUUUCGUUCUCUUGGAUUUUCUGUUCAGCAGAAAAAUUAAUGGAAGUAAAUGUGGCCACACUACGUGCCAGAUUUCAAGUCAAAUCAUUGCAGAGCUGUCAUGAUAUUUUACUGUAGACUGAUGACCGACAGAUGGACCACCCAACAUCAAUAUCUCCAGAGUACCAGUACAGUUUUUGUCAACAUACCCAAGUAUAUAAUUUACAGACAGACAUUUUAAUUGUGGCACACUGUGUUCUCAAAGUAGACAUGAAAAAGGCACAUGCUUAUUAAGAGUCCAUCAUCUUUAAGUUGUCGUCAUGAGUUAUUAAGAGGAUUUUUAUAAAGUGCCAUCAAAAACAUGCAAUAUUUUAUCCCUCCAUAACUUACCAUUAUGAAAAGACUCAUCUCAUUGUUGAUGAGCGCUUUAAGCUCAGCUUUCUU